AUGCAGCGGCCCGAGGCCUGGCCACGUCCGCACCCGGGGGAGGGGGCCACGGCCGCCCAGGCCCGGGACCCGGCGCCGCCCGCGGAAGCCGGGGAGCCCGCGGGGCGGCGGUUGCAGGAACCUUCCCUCUACACCGUCAAGGCUGUUUUCAUCCUAGAUAAUGACGGACACCGCCUGCUGGCCAAGUAUUAUGAUGACACAUUCCCCUCCACGAAGGAGCAGAUGGUCUUCGAGAAAAAUGUCUUCAACAAGACUAGCCGGACUGACAGUGAGAUCGCAUUUUUCGGGGGCAUGACCAUCGUCUACAAGAGCAGCAUUGACCUCUUCCUGUAUGUGGUGGGCUCAUCCCAUGAAAAUGAGCUGAUGCUGAUGGCUGUUCUCACCUGCCUGUUUGAGUCCCUGAACCACAUGCUGAGGAAGAACGUGGAGAAGCGCUGGUUGCUGGAGAACAUGGACGGAGCCUUCUUGGUGCUGGACGAGAUUGUGGAUGGCGGAGUGAUUCUGGAGAGCGACCCCCAGCAAGUGGUCCAGAAAGUGAAUUUUAGGGCAGAUGACAGCGGCUUGACUGAACAGAGCGUGGCCCAGGUUCUUCAGUCUGCCAAGGAGCAAAUUAAAUGGUCAUUACUGAAAUGAAAGCUAUGCAUUCAAAUCUCCCUGCCUCCGGACCAUUUCUCCAAUCCUGGCAGACUCCAAGGGACAGGAGAGACCCUCCCUCUGCAUCCCCAUGCCCUCCCAGAAUUGGCUCCCAGGGUCUUCUGCCAGGGACUCUGAGAUGCACAGGGUUGGCCUCAGCACUGAACCACCCCCUCUCGCUGCCCCGAGAACCGCUAGGGCCACUAGAACCAGCUGAGCGGCCUUAACGCAGCCCUUUGACACCCCCGGCCCCAGAGCCCUAAUAAACCCGCAUUUGCCUCCUGCCCAUGGUUUCCUUUCUCUCGGCCUGGGAAGUGU